CCUGCCCUCAAUCAUUACCGCUCUCUUCUCUACUCCCUCUUCUCCUCACUCAUUUUUCCCCCAAUUCUCCAAAACCCUACCUUCCUCCUCACUAUGUCUACGUCGGCCGCCGACGCCUCCAUUGUCGAUCCCUCCCAGCGCCAUCUCCAGCUCCAGACCGUCCCCGCCCCCGUCAAAAAACCCCCCGCCAAGGACCGCCACAGCAAGGUGGACGGCCGCGGCCGCCGCAUCCGCAUGCCGAUCAUCUGCGCCGCCCGCGUCUUCCAGCUCACCCGCGAGCUAGGCCACAAGUCCGACGGCCAGACCAUCGAGUGGCUCCUCCGCCAGGCCGAGCCCUCCAUCAUCGCCGCCACCGGCACCGGCACCACUCCAGCCAGCUUCUCCACCGUCUCCCCCUCCGCCCGAAAUUCCUCCUCUUCCUCCCUCUCCGCUGCUCUCGACCAUAAGCCCCUUGCGCAUUCGCUCCUAACCCCCACCCCCUUCAUCCUCGGCAAGCGCCUCCGCCCCGACGACGACGACCACCACCAGCACCUCUCCAAAGAUGACGUCACCUCUGUCUCUGCUUCUGUUGGCCCCACCAUCGCUGCUGGAGGCUUCUGGGCUCUACCUGCCCGGACCGAUUUCGGGCAGGUCUGGAGCUUCGCAGCUCCUCCCCCUGAAAUGGUGGUUGCUGCUUCGAAUAAUUCCCACCAUCAGCAGCAGCAUCAACAGCAACAGCAUCAUUCAGCUUCGUUGAGGUUUCUGCAGCAACAUCAGCCGUUGGGAAUUGGCGAGGCCUCCGCGGCUAGGGUUGGGAAUUACUUGCCCAUUGCUCAAGUACAGGGCCAUCACCUCAAUUUGCUGGCAUCCCUCUCCGGUCCUCCUCCUCAGUCGUCUGAACAACGAAGGGAUGCUGACGCCAAUUGAACAUGAGAACCUAAUCUUGCCGCCUGUAGUGCUGAUGAUGUUGUUGUUGUUUGAUCUUGCUAAUGAAUGAUUCGCUCACUGUCAAUAUUGCAUAUGAAUUUGUACCCUAAGUCCCCUCAUAAGUUGUGCUGCGUUUGGUUGGUUGGUUGGUUGCUUGUGUUUUUUGAAGGACAUGACAGACAACUCCUCAUCUCCUUUUGUCACCCUCUUAGCACUAGCAGACAUGGAAUUACGGUGUUUGCUUCUGUUAAUUUCGUUGUGAUUUUCCUGUUCGUGCAGCUGGUAUUGAUAAGUUCUAUAUCCAGUGUUUGUAUUUAGAAUUCAGAGUGCUGUUUGUAGCUGUUGUUUGCUUGAUUCAGAUGCCCAAUUCGUGUAAGAUUGUAGACAAUAAAAGAAAUUGUUUCGCACCUUUUA